AUGCAUUGCAAAAACUUACAAAUGCACCGAAUCGGCAGUAAAAUGCACUUUAUAUUCAUUUUUGCACUGAUGAUAGUAUCUUUCAAUAAGACUGUGCUGGGCAAGAAUUUGAAAUACAGGAUUUAUGAGGAGCAGAGAGUUGGAUCAGUAAUUGCAAGACUAUCGGAGGAUGUAGCUGAUGUUUUAUUAAAAAUGCCUAACCCUUCCUCGGUUCGUUUUCGAGCCAUGCAGAGGGGGAAUUCACCCUUGCUGGUAGUCCGGGAGGAUAACGGAGAAAUCAGCAUAGGAGCUAAAAUUGACCGGGAGCAACUCUGCCAGAAAAACUUAAACUGCUCCAUAGAGUUUGAUGUGAUCACUCUCCCCACUGAACAUCUGCAGCUUUUCCAUGUUGAAGUUGAAGUGCUGGAUAUUAAUGACAACUCUCCCCAGUUUUCCAGAGCUCUUAUCCCUAUCGAAAUAUCAGAGAGUGCAGCUGUAGGAACCCGGAUCCCUUUGGACAGCGCUUUUGAUCCAGAUGUAGGGGACAACUCCCUUCACACUUACUCCCUUUCUGCAAAUGAUUUUUUUAGCAUUGAGGUGAGAACCAGGACUGACGGUGCUAAGUACGCAGAGCUGAUCGUGGUCAGAGAGCUGGACCGGGAGUUGAAGUCAAGUUAUGAACUCCAACUCACUGCAUCAGAUAAAGGGGUGCCUCAGAGAUCUGGAUCAUCCCUCCUGAAAAUAAGCAUUUCUGAUUCCAAUGACAACAGCCCUGUUUUCGAGCAACAGUCGUAUGUAAUCCAGCUCUUAGAAAACUCGCCGGUUGGGACGUUGCUCAUAGACCUCAACGCCACUGACCCAGAUGAGGGCGCUAACGGUAAGGUCGUGUACUCCUUCAGCAGUCAUGUGUCUGCCAAAAUUACAGAGACUUUUAGGAUAGAUUCAGAGAAAGGACAUCUGACCCUCCUGAAGCAAGUGGACUAUGAAGUAACCAAAUCCUAUGAAAUUGAUGCUCAGGCUCAAGAUUUGGGGCCAAAUUCUAUUCCGGCUCACUGCAAAAUUAUAAUUAAAAUUGUGGAUGUGAAUGACAACAGGCCCGAAAUUAACUUAAACCUGAUGUCCCCUGAGAAAGAAGAGAUAGCUUACAUUUCUGAAGGGUCACCCCUGGACACUUUCGUUGCCCUGGUGAGAGUGCAAGACAAGGACUCUGGUGUGAAUGGAGAGAUAGUUUGCAAGCUCCAUGGCCAUGGCCACUUUAAACUCCAAAAGACUUAUGAAAAUAACUAUUUAAUCUUGACUAAUGCCACUCUAGAUAGGGAAAAGAGAUCUGAAUACAGCUUGACUGUAAUAGCGGAGGACAAGGGAACGCCAAGUCUCUCCACAGUGAAACACUUUACUGUCCAAAUCAGUGAUGAAAAUGACAACCCACCCCGCUUCCAGACAAACAGAUAUGAAGUGGUUAUUUUGGAAAAUAACUCUCCCGGAGCAUACAUCACAUCAGUCACAGCCACAGACCCAGAUCUAGGUGACAAUGGGCAGGUGACCUACACUAUUUUGGAGAGCUAUAUUUUGGGAAGUUCUAUAACCACCUAUGUGACCAUUGAUCCCUCCAACGGGGCGAUCUAUGCCCUGCGAACCUUUGAUCAUGAAGAAGUAAAUCAAAUGGCCUUCAUGGUUCAAGCUAGGGAUGGAGGGAGUCAGCAGCUUGUUAGCAAUACCACUGUUGUGCUAACCAUCAUCGACGAAAACGACAACGCUCCUGUCAUCGUGGGGCCAGUGCUACGCAACAGCACAGCAGAAAUCUCAAUCCCUAAAGAUGCUGGAAUUGGCUUUCUUGUCACUAGGAUAAGGGCUACAGAUAGAGACUCUGGUAUGAACUCUGAACUCAGCUGCUCCAUAGCGGCUGACAAGGAAAACAGCAUCUUUGUGAUGGAUCCCAAAACUUGUGACAUCUCCAUCAACGUGAGUGUUGAAUCAGUUCCAGCAAAGCAAUGGGAGUUUUUUGUGAUAGUCCAGGACAAAGGCAGCCCUCAGCUUAGUACUAAAGCACUUCUGAAGUGUACUGUUUUUGAGUACAUUUAUUCGUUUUCAAGCACAGAAGCAACUUUGGUAAGCCAACCUUCCCUGGAUGUCUCCAUGAUAACGAUUAUAUCCUUAGGAUCAAUAUGUGCUGUGUUGUUGGUCAUUAUGGUUAUCUUUGCUACAAGAUGUAAUAGAGAGAAAAAGGACACCAGGUCCUACAACUGUCGCGUGGCGGAAUCGACCUACCAGCACCACCCAAAACGACCCUCAAGACAGAUCCACAAAGGGGACAUUACAUUAGUGCCAACAGUUAAUGGCACUUUACCCAUCAGAUCUCACCACAGAGCUUCUCCAUCAUCCUCUCCGACCCUGGAAAGGGGACAAAUGAGCAGCCGGCAGAGCCACCACAGCCACCAAUCGCUGAACAGCCUGGUGACAAUCUCCUCUAACCACGUGCCUGAAAAUUUCUCACUGGAGCUCACCCACGCUACUCCGGCUGUUGAGCAGGUUUCUCAGCUUCUCUCAAUGCUUCACCAGGGCCAGUAUCAACCAAGGCCAAGUUUUCGAGGAAACAAGUAUUCCAGAAGCUACAGAUAUGCCCUACAAGACAUGGAUAAAUUCAGCUUGAAAGAUAGUGGCCGUGGUGAUAGUGAAGCUGGAGACAGUGACUAUGAUUUGGGCAGAGAGUCUCCAAUUGACAGACUUCUUGGGGAAGGAUUCAGUGACCUUUUCCUUACAGAUGGGAGAAUUCCUGCAGCAAUGCGGCUGUGCACAGAAGAGUGUAGGGUGCUGGGGCACUCCGACCAGUGCUGGAUGCCACCAUUGCCCUCUCCCUCCUCCGACUACAGAAGUAACAUGUUCAUCCCUGGGGAAGAGUUCCAGUCACCCCAACAGCAGCUGCAGCAGCAGCAGCAGCAGGGCCUAGAGGAAGAUCCACAGCCUGCUGAUGCCAGCGAGAAGAAGAAGAGCUUUUCAACGUUUGGUAAAGACUGCCAGGGUGAGGAGGAGUCCGGGGACACCUGUACCUCCUCUCUCCUCUCGGAAAUGAGCAGCGUCUUCCAGCGCCUGCUGCCUCCCUCACUAGAUGCCUACACGGAGUGCAAUGAGAUGGAUCGCUCCAACGAGUUGGAGCGCAGGAAGGGACAUUUGCCAGCCAAGACUGUAAAUUAUCCACAGGGGGUGGCAGCCUGGGCAGCCAGCACACACUUCCAAAAUCCUGCCAACACCGGGCCCACUCUGGGGACUCACUCAAGCGCGCAGCCUUCCUCUAAAUGGCUGCCAGCCAUGGAGGAGAUCCCAGAGAAUUAUGAAGAAGAUGACUUUGACAAUGUGCUCAACCACCUCAGUGAUGGUAAACACGAACUCAUGGAUGCCAGUGAGCUGGUGGCAGAAAUUAACAAGCUGCUGCAAGAUGUCCGGCAGAACUAAUUGUUUCAAUAGCCUAUUUUUCCAUAUUUAUGGAAAACUGGAAGGGAAAAAAUAAUGAAAAACAAAAAAUGGACUGAGAAGAACUGGCAUUGCCAACUAGUUGCAUUUAUCAUAAAUGUGUCUGUGUAUGUUGAAUAUUAAAAUACUGUAUUUUCAUAUGUACACAAUGCAAGUGUGAUUAUCUUUAUCUGUAUUUUAAAAAUACAUUUGUACCUUAUAUUUAUGUGUAAUUUAACAAAUAAAUUUUAUUUUUGUACACCCACAGCAAGCAUGUUUUCCUAAAUGUAUAUAGAUGGUACCACCCUUGUCAAACUUCCGACGUUCU